CGGAAGUUCGGAGCAAAAUUCUUUCUUGUCUGAUCAGCCCUGGUUUAAAUUUAUUCUUCCAAUUAAAGCAAAAGAAAAAAAGAAAAGGGGAUACUGAGCUUAACCCUGACAUCUCUGAUAUUGAUCUGGGGUCAGGGUUUUGCAAAUUUGGUUGAGAAAAUGUCGAGAAUGGCGCGGAGUUGCCUGCAAUCCGUCCUGAAAAUAGUGAAUUCGGGAAUUGGAAUGGUGGGGAUAGCUACGAUUUUGUAUUCCCUUUGGAUGUUUAUGACUUGGCGAAGGCACUUGGGUCCUAAUCCUCCUGAUGUACCUGCCCCUUGGUUCAUCUACUCCUUUCUUGUCAUUGGGGUGACUUUGUGUGUUGUGACAUGCUCAGGGCACAUUGCUGCUGAGACUGCUAAUGGUUGCUGUCUUUGUUUUUACAUGAUAUUUGUCUUUCUGCUUAUCAUGGUUGAAGCUGCAGUAACUGUGGAUGUGAUUCUAAAUCGCAACUGGGAGGAGGACUUUCCAGAUGACCCAACAGGGAAUUUUAACGAGUUCAAAGAUUUUGUGAGAGGAAAUUUUGAAACUUGCAAAUGGGUUGGCGUGGUUGUAGUUGCUGUGCAGGGUGUAAGUAUGCUACUGGCAAUGAUUCUAAAAGCCUUAGGACCAUAUCCUGAGAGAUACUAUGAGAGUGAUGAUGAUUAUAGUCCAGAUAGAGUCCCUCUCUUGAAGCAUUAUGCCCCUCCGCCUUCAUACGUUGUUGCUGACACACUUCAUCCAUCAAGGAAUGAUUCUUGGAAUGUCAGGAUCAACAGUAAGGGAAACAGAUAAAUUCUCUUUUGAAUGAAGAGAUACAAAAAUGUGAUGAAGUUUUGUCUGGGCUGUAAGAGCAGGGUUAAGGAGUUUUAUGAGGUUGAAACUGGUAAAGAGGAUUAGGAUCUGUACAAUUGUCCUGAUACUGUACAUAAACCUGUUGAACUCAUAGGAAAUACAAACCCUUAUUUAUGGUUUUCAACCUGUAAGCCACUUCUGCAAAAGUUGGUGAACUAAAAAGUAGAGAUCACUGUAACUUUUUCAUUGAAGAUACAUUAUUGCAAUUUUGAGUAGUUGCGGAGUAUCAUACAGACGUUUCUUGAUAAGUAACUCUCUUUGAAUUUUAUGCUGUCCA